UGACAUAUGACAUUGCUCACAUGUUUUGUUUCUUGCUUGUUUGAAUUUGAAGAUGUAAUGAUCUAAGAAUGUAAAAUGGAGGGUUUUUGUAGAGGAUGUUUAAUCAAAUACGACGACCCGGAAGAGCUAUUAGAAUAUACUGAGAAAAAUAGGAGAUUAUUUAUUUAUUCCACUGGGUUACAGGUUAAACGCAAUGACAUAUUCACAUUCCAGCUAUGUAAAGACUGUUAUGUUAAUAUGCAGCAGGCUUGUAAAUUUAAAAAGCUAUGCAGAUUGUCAGACAAGAAGUUUAGAACAUAUUUAUCUUUGAAAGAAUCUGGAGAAACACAGGAUUUGUGCACAUAUCUUAAAAACAGUGAUGAUAACUUUUCUUUAAGAUGGGGUGGAAGCAGUACACCUGCAAAUCAGACGAGAGAUGAUGAUAAUGAAUCGACAUGCACAAGCAUACGCAAUUUCAUGCAGGACAUGCUCCCAGACACUGAGAUGCCGGACUCGGAAGCCCGAAUCAUCAGACAAGUGAUUGAGGAAGAGGCGGACGUGUUGGAUGACUCGCUCGACUCACACUGGUUACAGGAUGAUGUCUCUAUUGCUACUGACUUUAGGCUUGAUUUCAGCCCCUUUUCUACGCCAAGAUCUAUGUCCAAUGAUCAUUUUAACACUCCAAAACACGCCACACCAGAUCAAACGCCCGACGAUAACCGUUUCAAUAUGCUUGAUAUAUUCAAAAGUCCAAAUGCCCAAAGCAAUGAUAAUAAUCAAAGCAAAAGGAAUAUUCAGAACAGAGCCAUCGACGACAUACUAUGCGAUAGUAUACUAGAUAACAGUUUUGGCGAUAAUUUCGAUAAUAAUGUAAAAACUAAAAAGGUGUACAUACACGAGGAAAAUGAAAUUGUGAAAAUAGAAAGUAGUUUAAUCACUGCACAAGUACCUACGUUGGCCGAUCAUCAAAUUGACCAUAUGAAUGGCAAGAAUUAUUACGUUGAAAACACAGUCGAGCAAUCGGGGACAUUAAUUGAACAAACAAUUUCAUUUGAUGAACAAGCGGUGACAUUUUGUGAACAACCGCCAACUUUUGUUGAACAACCAGUGACAUUUGUUGAACAACACCCCAAUAUUGUUGAUAAGGAUGUUAGAGGAACUCAAUAUGUAGAUGAUGUAGACAGGAGAUUGAAUGAAGCAUUGCAAAGGAAUGAGGGCGAUGCAGAAAUAUCCUUGCGAGAUCUUUUAGGUUCUCCUUCUGAGUAUCCAACGCCUACACCAGCCGGGCUGUCGACUCCUACGAUAAACAAUAUAUUAUUUGGGGAAAAACUCGACGAGAACAGUAGCCAAGGAUCAAUUGGACUUAUCUUGGAGAAACUCCCUAAUGUAGACAAAAACAAGUACAAUCUAAUGAUAGAUGUUAAAUCGGAUUCGAAUACUCUAUUGAUGUCACCGAAACUCGUGUCUCCAAAAGAAAAACUAUUACAAAAAGUUGAAAAAGAAGAUACCUUUUAUUCACCGGGAAACAGUGAUUCCGAAUCCAAUUUAGUUAACAUAGAAUGUUGUGUUACGUGCAAUAAAACAUUUAAAGACAAGAAAGGACUCAAGUUGCACUCUGUACGAGCACACGGAAUAAAAUUGCCAAAGGCUAAAAGAAAGCCAGUGAUAAAACAAAUGUUUUGCGAUUACUGCGGCAAGGAAUAUUAUGAUAGACGGAAUUUCUAUAUGCAUUUGAAGAGGCAUGAGAAAAAUAUCCAGCCAGAGAAACGGUGCGAAAUAUGUGGAAUCAAAUUUCGUACGGAAAGAAAGUACCAAUUGCAUCUGGCUACGCAUUUUGGUCAACGCAUCCAGGUCACUAUGAAAGAGAAAGCGACAUGCGAUGUUUGCGACAUGACGAUGUUGAAGACCUCGCUGAAGAAGCACCAGCUGAAGCACACUCGCUCGUACGUCGGCACGUGCGAGGAAUGCGGCCGCGGGUUCUAUACGCUCACUGAGUUACGGGACCAUACUGCAGAACACACAGGCGAGCGACGUCAUUCAUGCGAACAUUGUGACAGUACAUUCAAGCGGAGAAACGCGCUCAUCAGGCAUAUGAGGCUUCAUACAGGUGAAACUCGCUACGUGUGCGACGGCUGCAACAGGGGAUACGCGAACAAACCUACUUUGGUUCACCACAUAAAAAGCGGCAGGUGUAGAGACUUCAAAAAAACCGGAAAAAUGAGGAAAAUCCCAAGGAAACGAGCAAAUGUGGUGACAAUACUGCAAAUGCAGAAUGAAAUAGACACGAAGCCGUAUAGAUGUUUGCUUUGUCACUCGAGACACAAGACUUUGAAUAUGCUGAAAAAUCACCAGAGAAAGCAAGUGUGUAGAAAGAGACAAGAAAUGAUUAGCCAGUCGAAUUUGAUUGAAAUUAUUGAUCCCGCUCGGCCGUGCGCUAAUGUUCAAUUAGAGGUGAUAACGGAGGAAUAAAAGGUGAAUUUUCGGCGGAAAAAGCUAAUGGGGGAAAAUAUUAUGUUGUUUUUAAGCAGCAUUCAUGCGCAUUUAUAUUUUGAUUGGUUAAAUUGGCGGGAUGAUUUCAGUAAAUAAAUCUCACCCUACCAAAUAAUCCAAAAUAAAUUAAGCGUUUAAUAUUAACUUGUUCUGUGAUAAUAGGAUCCUAACUUGUGUACUUUAAAUAUAAGGUUUAAAACAAA